CAAAUAAAUAAGCACAACAGUUAAUCGUCAGUUUAAGGUUUCCGAACAAUGAUCCUAAAACUUCUUCAUUUAAUGGGUGUGAAAAUCUCGUUCUUCCUCUUCUAUUUCUUCCUGAAACUCCUGCUGAUGCCCUGGGACCUCAGUGCAAACCUGUCCGAUGCAGCAAAGGAGGCCCCGCCAUUAGUUUCCCCUUCUACCUAAGUGGUCAACCUCAGGACUGUGGGGUCCCAGGCUUCGGGCUGAUCUGCAGAUCAAACACCACCAUGAUCAAGCUCCCGUCCCAUGGGGAGUUGGUUGUGAAGUCGAUCUCUUACAGGGACAGGGAGCUCGACCUCCUCGACCCUGGAAACUGUGUCCAAGAGGUGUUCCUGAACCUCAACCUCUCCCACACUCCCUUCAUGUACUAUUACUCCCUGAAGAGCUACAAUUACAUCAACUGUUCUAAACCUGUCGUCCCACGGAAAUAUUCUUCACCGGAAAUCCCGUGCCUGAGUGGGCCCGGGUAUCAUGUCUAUUCUGUCAGGAAUUCUCCUUCUUCUGUGGCGGUGAAUCAGUACCGUUCUUCCUCCUGCCGGCUGGUUAAAACAGUCGAGAUCCCAUUUCCGUACAGUCCGUACUUGUCUGAUAGCAGUUUCGGGCUCAGGCUGAAUUGGGAGUCGACUGGUUCGUGUAAAACCUGCACAGGAAUAGGAAACAGAGGGGGAGAGGGAGGCUUGUUGAUCAACCAGACUACAACAGCUCUAAGCAUCACCAUCGUUAUUCUCUUCACAAUGGCCACGGUCAUAUGGGUGAAGAUCCACAAGUACAUGGAGCAGGAUGAAAACGCUGUUAAUGCUGAGAAGCUACUCGAUGAUGGCAAAAGUCGAACAAUAAUCGCCGGAUAAAAAUAUCAUAUUCUUUGGCUGUGAGCUGGCGUGCAUGAUCCAGUAGCUUUGCAAAGGCUUGCGUUUCCAAUUAGUCACUUACCAGUUAUCAGUCCGGGAUUUCCUAGAGAGGUACAUCGAAGUUAAGUUUGAAAGGUCAUCAUAACCAAAUAUAUUAACAAUCUCAUUAUAUUAAUUAUCUUAGUGAAAUAGGGUUUAUUGCAGUGAUAAUGAGUUCAACCAAAAGGUUUUGGGUUCAAUUAUCAUCACUGCACCAACGUCCUUUCAAAAUGCCAAUAGGCCACACACGGAACUGACGUAUUGAAACAUUUAUAUAUGUCAAGUAACUCAUCGUAUCGUAUCAAAUUUGAAAUUUAUGAAUUUGCGUAAGGCCACUUAAGGUAAUUCGAUAUAUAGGGUCACCAAUCAACAACCACAAAUGAAAAGUCAAAAACUAAAUCUUACGACUCGACUAAAAUCCCGCUUCUCCUUCCACGGAUGAUCAUACGGCUUCUCGUGGUCAUCUCUUCCUCUUGGUUUAAAAGUUGUGUCUCGAGAAAAGGUUCAGCAUUUAAUUUAUGCAUUGUUAGUACUCUGUAGAAUUUAUCUUUCUGAAUCUGGGGUAAAAAGAUACAACAGCAAACACAUUGCUAAACUUAACGACCUUUCUCUCUAACCUCCUCGACCUAUACCCUUUAUCAGUCUUACAGAUCCUCUAACAUGCUCUUUAGGAGUGGAGAGCCAUUUGGACACUCAAGAUACACGAUAGACACAAGCUUCUUUUUUGGAAGCUCAUUGGAACUGCUGUAACGCCCCAAUUUUCAGGCCUUGAAAAAUCCAAAAUUCAAUGAGUUAUAAUAGACUUAAAACAUAAACGUCGGCAUAAUUUCCAAAUAGUUACAGAUUAAUCCAAAAUGAGUAAUUAUUUACAACAACAUAAACUAAUACUUUUCAUUUACAAUUACAAGCCCAAAAAAAAAAAUCACAUGAAAUCCGCUGCGCACUUUGAUAUCUAAUUCUAGCCAACCU